UUGGCAACAGGACAUGGAGAAUGAUCUCUCCUUAUUUCUGUUUGUGGCAUGAGACAUUGCAACAGUGUUUUUAUCCACUAUAACCAUACACAGAUGUUAAAAUUUCUUUCUUAUCUAGUACAUAAACACCAUUUUCCUGGAACUCAUUUCCAUGCAUCCACUUCCUACUGGACGUCUUUUGGUGGCCCUGGAGGAUCAUUCAGAGGGGUCUCUGGUGGUCCUAUUCACUGAGUGCUGUGAUAUUACAGCAGACCCUGCCUUGAACUUUUCCUUUAGCCAUAUGCUCUUGCUUCUUGUUACAGAACUUGUCCCAAAAACACUGUGGGCCUUCUUAUCACUUUCCCCAGUAAUCCCAGCCACAUUUAUCAUCCUGUGUCCACAUCUUUAUAUCCUUUUAUCUUCCUGCCCAGUUAGUCUUUAAGCAACUUCAGGGGAGGUGAUAAUGUUUAUUCUCUCUUAUUUAUCAAUCCCCUGCAAUCCAACCCAACCCUCCCUCUCCCUCUCUCACCAUUUCUGCUGCCCUUCUCCCCUGCACAUCUCUCUCCUCCCAACUGAAUCCUUCCUGCUGCAGGGAGCUGCUGAGGAAUUGCGUGGUCCAUUCCUGGAUUCUCCAAGCACUGACUCCCCAUCCACUCUGACCACAGCCAGGGGCCACAUCCCACCGCCUGCCCAGCGUCCAUCCAUGGAGGUGAGCACCGUGUCCCCAUCUCCCACCUCACCGACCGACGGACCUGGUCAGUGUGAGACCAAUGUCUCCAACGUGGCCAUAGACCUUGUGACGCUGCUCUUCGGUGUCUGUGGGCUGGUUGGGAACAGGGCUUUCCUCUGGCUCCUCCAAAUUAAUUCCAUCACCGACUUUGUGGCAUUCAACAAAGCCAGCAUUGACUUCCUCUUCCUCAUCUUCAUCGUUCCCUCCACCCUGCUCUUCCUGCUGGCAGAGGUUUGCUGCUCUGCUAAAAUGCCCCCAAUGUAUCUGAGCUUGCUGUCCCAGCUGUCACUGUUCACCUACACCAUGGGGCUCUACCAGCUGAUGUUCAUCAGCAUCGAGAGGUGCAGGUCCAUCCUCUGCCUGUUUUUCUGCACUGGGCAACGUUCUGAGCACCUGCUGUGGGUGGUGAUGAGUGCUGUGUUCUGGGCCUUGUUCUUUGUUGUCACCGCUGUCAAUCCCACGGUGACUUCCCUGUGCCAGUCACACGAGCAGGAGCAAUGCCAGGUGGCUCUCAUCUCCAGGUACGCCCUCAACCUUUGCCUAGUUGCUGUACCCCUGCUCAUUUCCAGCACAAUCCUCUUCAUUCAUUUCAAGCCUGGCUCCCAGCAGCAGAAACACAAGAGACUCGACAUUGUGAUUGUCCUCGUUGCACUCUUCAGUCUGCCCCUCAGUCUCUGGUCUUUCCUGCAGCAGCUCAGUUACACGGUUGUGCCCUCCAAGGCGGUUUUCCUGCUCACCUGCAUCACCAGCAGCAUCAAACCCUUCAUCUACUUCUUGGUGGGGAGCUGGAAGAGAGACUGCUCCAUGGGGAGCUGCUGGAGACACUGCUCCAUGGAGAGCUUCAGGAGGCACUCCUCCAUGCAGUCCCUAAGGAUGACACUCCAGAGGGUGUUUGAAGAACCAAAAGAAAACACUGCCAGCAGUAAUGAUCCUGCCGUGGACACAGAGGCCUGAACCUGUUGAUCCCUUCCGCUGCGCUACUGAGAGACCCAACAUCACUUUUCCUAGGAUUCAUUUCCAUGUAUUCAACUCCUUCUCCAAGUCCUUUCCUGGUCCUGGAGGAUCGUUCACAGGGGGCUCUGGUGGUCACAUUCACUGAGUGCUGUGAUAUUAAAGGUGACCUUGCCUUGAACUUUUCCUUUGGCUAUGUGCUCUUGCUUCUUGUUACAGAACUUGCCCCAAAACACUGCAGGCCUCCUUAUCUGUUUCUGCACUGGCUCCAGCCACGUUUAUCAUCCCGUGUUUUCCUGAGGAACACAUUGGAGCUGGGCUUUCCUCCUCCCUCCUGGGUCCUAUAAACCCUAGAAACCUAUGCCCAGGAGGAACAGGGAGACCUCCAGGGGU